AUGCAAAAAAGUAGCAGCAGAAAUGUGUUGGCUAUUUGUUUAGGACAAUUAUUAUCGUUGUGUAUUACAGGAACCAGUUCAGUCUCAUCAGCCUUAUGGAAACAUUAUUCCAUCAAUAUACCCUUUACACAGAAUUUUUGCAAUUAUUUAUUGUUGGCCAUUGUCUACCGUCUGAUCUACGGACAUCGGCAACCCAACGGAAACUCAACGAGGAUUUUGGGCUUUUCUGUUGCUGAUGUUCAAGCAAAUGUAUUAGUUGUAUUAGCCUUCAAAAAUACAUCAUUAUUGUCUGUUUUGUUGUUAUCGGCCUGGACAACGCCUUGCAUCAUGUUACUGUCAACUUAUUUCCUGCAUGCACACUAUAGUAAAACUCAUAUUCAGAGUGCUGUACUGUGCAUGAUAGGCUUGAUUGUACUUGUGUAUUCUGAUACCAUCCAUCCUACUCAAGUUGGAACGAGUCCUACUGGUAAAAAGCCGAGUCAGUUGUCAUUGCAUUUGUGAAUGUGUGAUUUUUCUUAAUUGUAUUUAUAUCGUUAUAGAUAAUCAUCAUUGGAUAGGUGAUCUUGUCGGAGUAAGUUUGAUUUUUGCUGUAAAAAUGUGAUAUCCCCAUUCGGAAGUUUUGUUAAUCUGUGAAAAAAAAAAAAAAAACACUUGCAAAAAAAGUUGUGCAGUGCAACCUUGUAUGCGGUCAGUAAUGUAACUGAGGAGCAUUUAGUACAACACUACUCAACUACUGAAUUCCUGGGCCAAGCAGGCUUGUGGGGAUCUAUUCUUUGCGGUUUACAAGCGUAAGAGCUCUUGUGCACAAAACGUUAUGUGGUCAUUCUUUUUCUGAUGUCAUU